UAUUCCUGUCGACUCAGAUGGUUGUUACCGUCGGUUAAAACGCCAUUAGGUGUCAAGUGUUUUUCCCUAAAUGUCCAACGUCUGGAGAUCCGCCAUUUCUUCAUGAGCUGCGGUGACAAAGAAAGGCAAUUAAUGUGUGCCUCCCCUCCAGGCCGCCGCACAGAAAAGCCAUCAGGCAGCUGCUGUAAGAGGGAAGCCUCUCCUCACUGCGGAUCUCCUUUCCUCUGCUCGCCUCUCAACCGGACCGGUCUCAACUACCAUACCCACCCCCUCUCUGCAGCUCCGUCGGGCGGACACGGUUUGUGUGCGGCAGUGAAGAGGAGGCGACCUGGGUGGGGAGUGGAGGGAGGUGGGUGGGGGGUGCAGAUUUCUGUGCUACUGUUUGGUCCUCAAGGGGAGGAGCCAGUUGUCGACUCUACGCUUGCGAGGAGAGAAGGCGCCGUGCAGAGAGGUUGAAGGACUGCUAACAGUGGAGAAAAGCCUAAAAUGAUGAACAACAGUCGACCAGUUCAGGACUAAUUCAGACUUCUGUGUGGGUGGAGGAGGAAGACUGAAGAGAGACAAAGUAAACCACAUGAUCAGGCCUCGGAAAGGCUCCAAAUCGGUGAUGUUCCCCUCAGGCAGGGAUUACCUCCUCCCCGUCGUCUCUCUCUCCAUCUCACCCACUCACCCUCCCUCAUACAACAGAGCAGCCGUCCAGCUCCAAGACUCUGAGCCGUGAGAGCGCACUGUGCUCGCCCACCCGCACACAAACACACACGUACUCUAACAUCGCUUUUGCAUCCUGCUCAUGGUCGUUGGCCUGUUCUCCUCAGCUGCUGCUCCUGCUCUAGUUCUAGACCAUGAAGAGGCCCAAGCAGCAGACUGGGCCCUUGAGCUUCCUAAAUUUCUUCAGCCGAAAGCCCAAAUCAGAGCCAAGGGCGGAGAGGCCUGUGGAAGCCUGUCCCAAAGAGGAGGUGGCCAUUACCCUGACCCCAAGCGAGCAUCCAGAACAGGACCUCACAGCAGAAGAGGCUGGAGAAUCAAGAGUUUCUGGAGCAGAAAAAGGAGAAGGAGGAGGUCCGCCAGCAUCACUGGCUGAGGUGGGCGAGAACAGCGCUGCCACAGUCGAGUGCGUGGGUGGGGUCAGCCGGGUGUCCACCGAUGUCCUGUCCCUCUCCUCCUCCAGCCAGGACCAGCUAUUGGACGAACACCUAGAAGAAUGCCCACUGUGCCUGCUCAGUCAACCGCGCUGCCACUUCCCACGACUCACCUCCUGUUCUCACAGGGCAUGCUCUGACUGCCUACGCCAGUACCUGCGUAUUGAGAUAUCGGAGAGUCGGGUGGGCAUCGCGUGCCCGCAGUGCCCGGAAACACUGGCACCUCUGGAUGUUCGUGCCAUUCUGGAUGAUCGGGCAUUGCUGGAAAGGUUUGAGGAGUACCAGUUGAGGCGUUUUCUGGCUUCUGAUCCAGAUACACGCUGGUGCCCUGCGCCUGACUGCAGCUAUGCUGUGAUAGCUUACGGCUGUGCAGAGUGUCCCAAGCUGAGCUGUGGCCGUGAGGGAUGCGACACAGAGUUCUGCUACCACUGUCGGCAGCUGUGGCACCCCAACCAGACGUGUGACCAGGCCCGGCGUCAGCGAGCCCGCCACACCUCAGGCGGCAACGAUGCCUCUACAUUGUACGUCUUCAAUGAAGAACCUGGAGGAGAUGCAGAGGAAAUCAAAGCAUGCCCUCGCUGUGGUGCCUACAUCAUGAAGACCAAUGAUGGCAGCUGUAACCGUAUGAACUGCACUGUGUGUGCCUGUCAGUUCUGCUGGCUCUGUAUGCAGGAGAUUACUGACGUGCACUACCUCAGUCCCUCAGGAUGUACAUUCUGGGGGAAGAAGCCAUGGUCUCAAACCCGCAAGGUACUGUGGCAGGUGGGGAUGUUGCUCGGAGCACCUGUGGUCAUCUCCCUUAUAGCAGGCAUCGCCAUCCCAGUCAUCAUUGUUGGGAUACCAAUCUACAUGGGCCGCAAGGUCCAUGGUCGUUGUAAGAAAAACAAUAUCUCAGGAAGUAAGCACUACUUGACUGUGGCAAGUGGGGUGAUGAUGUCAGUGUUUGUGUCACCGGUCAUAGCAGCUGUCACUGUGGGUGUGGGUGUACCGCUAAUGCUGACUUAUGUCUAUGGGGUCGUUCCCAUGUCACUCUGUAGGAACGGUUGGUGUCGACCACAGAGUGAGCCCCCUGAAACACACAAAAUCCAGCUGGAAGACUUAGCCAACUAUCUUCUAUUCUCUCAUGUAGUCAGUGAUCACUGGACGGGUCAGAACAACCCAGCACUCAACAACACCAGCGUCCAAGAAGUUCGAGUCAGUGUACAGGAAGUUGGCGACCUCCCAAGUACGAGCACCACACCGCCAGAGCCAGAUAGAUAUGCGGGAUUGGAUGAAGCCACAAAACGCCAUGGAUACACCCAGCAGGACAGCCAGUCUGACUGCAAGGUGGUUAUUGUGCCUGAUAACAAGACUGAUGAGAUGCAAAUGAUUCCUUUAAGGGAAAGAACGAAUAUUGAGGUUCGCGUUGAAAUUGAGACCCACCCCAGGGGCGCCCGCCAGUCCAGCCUAAGUAGCAUCCUGUCUAGCCGCAGCUUGUCAGCGGAGUCACUGGGACAGCCGCAGCCCCAGUCCCAAGACUACCUGUGUGCCUCAGAACGAGAAGAGAGACGAGAGGGGGGAGAAGGAAGAGGAGGAGGAGGAGAGGAGCAGGAGGGACGAGAGAAACCAGGAGGGGAAGCAGGAGAAGACGAAGGGACGGUUUUCCCAGUCUUUGAAACGGACGGUGUAUGAGGUUCUUCAAUGCAGGUGUUGUGCUUGGUUGAAGAUUUCGUCAGGUUUUAUGGAUGUACACUAAUCCAUCACCUGACAUUGGAUUGACCUGAGAAUAGUUGGCAAAGGUCACCUUCUGCUUCCAAGAUGGGCCCUCCAACCAGAUGCCUUGUAGCUGCACCCUCUGAGGAAGAUGCGGGUUUAGAAAUAAAGAUGAGAGUGUGUGUUUGAGUGUGUGUGUAUGAGACAAAAAGCAUGAGGCUAUGAUAUUUUAAAAAACCCAGGAGGGCUAUAUACUGUAAAGCAGACAGGAGAGCAUGUUAGCCGACUAGUCCAGUCUGUUUUUUUUCUAUGUUGUCCUUUCUAAAAGAAACUACCUUUCUCUCCCUCUUGUUUAAGUCUAUUUCAUGAAGUCCUCCCCUUCAUCUGGCUCUGCUCUUUAAGCGAUCUUGCCUUCCUCACCCUUUACAAAUUCAGAGACCACCAGAAGCAUGAAUUGUUUUAUGGGGGACUAAGACUCAAAUAUCCUGUCAGUGACUUGAUGUAAACAUUUUCCCAAAACAUGCUGCAAAACAGGAUGAUUUUUUUCUUUUGUUUCAAUCUAAAUCGGUAUUUCAAGCAUUUUAUGAUGCAGUGUUCACACAUGAAUUGGGCAACCUUAAACAGAUGAUGCAUGCUGCACUGUUCAAUUACGCUUCUGUCAAAGAAGUCUAGUGGAAGAUUAAAUUUGAAGCUAAAGCCUCUAACUGCUAUUUUUUAUUGGAUUCAGGGGUGCUCUGUGACAGUGUGCCAGUGACUAGAGGGCUUCUAAAUACCAAGAAUUACGAUUUAUCACAGAUCCAGUCUUCCAUGAAAACAGGUGGAGGCGGGGUCGGAGGGUUUUUUUGCAUUGUUUCAGUGCAGCUUUCAGCUUUCAAGAAGCUGUUUCUUUUUUUAAACUGAAGAGGGAGAUGAUUCUUUAGUUUGUAAAAAUGCUCACUCUGAUGCAGGACGACACGGGAGCAACACAACCUUCUUGAAUUUUAAAAAGCUGCAUGGUUCUCCAACUUGCUGUAUCCAGAAUAACAACACAUUAACACGUGCAGAUUGGCACAUACUCACAUGAUCACAUGCAAAGCAGUCAGUGUAGUUGCAGUAGUGUGUGCUGCUCAGAGCAUUAAAUAUAAACUAAAGACUCUCUCAAAUGACCACAGAGCACCAGAAAUUACUACAACAGCAAGCAUGCCACCGCAGGCUAAACCGUAAUAACCCGUUCUAGAUGAUUUGUGAGAAAUCCCUGACUAUACAGUACACGCACUGCUUAGCUUCCUGAGUGUGAAAUACUUGUGAGAUGAGCUUAGACUUAAAAUGAGAAGUCAUAAUCUGUGCUGGGUUGUGGAGAGAAUUUAAAUAAAUAUUUCACCAUGAAGGAAAAAAACAAACUUCACGUUCUCUAUGUCUCAGAAAUUAUUUUUCUUUGGUACAGGUGCUUGCGGUUGUGGUCAGAAGAUUACAUUAACUCAUCCAUGGGCAUGGAUGUUAGGGUAAUGUGGUGGCUUUAAAUUAUUUCUUUGAACUGUUCUUUGUCCAGAGUGGAAUGAUUGUACAGCAUACAUCUUUAAUGACUUUUUUAAAAAAGGAUUGGGUGGACGAGUUUGAAUUUAUUUUGAAUUUUCUCUAAUUCGCACGGGGUUAAAAGUAUGCAUACUGGCUCAAAUAUGUACAUACACUCACUUAAUUUUUGUGGUGGUAAAGGUUCUUCUGUGUCUUUUGACAAGGCCAAGUACUAUUAGGCCCCAUUAGUCUUUGUUUCUCUUUGCCAGCACAAAAAGGGUUUGUUUGAACAAAACUCAGAAAAAUGAAUAUUUACACGAGUCAUGAAGGUCUCUCGGAGCCAUUUCAAAACAACUGCAAAUUGCGAGAUCAUCAGUUCAAAGUAUUGUUUGUAAGUACAAAUUAUUUGGACCCAUCAACACUUUGCCAAAGUCUCGAAGAAGACCCAAACUGCCACCCUCAGAUGAGAGGAAAUUGGUUAGGUUAGUGAGAAACAAUCCAGGAACCACAAAGGCUUAAAUGUGCCAUGAACUGGAAACUGCUGGAACGUUGGCGUCACUGUCCAUUGUAAAACAAGUUUUACAUCAUUAUGAGCUGAGAAAGUGCUCACCAAGAAAGAAGCCCCUGCUCCAAAACCAAUACUUUAAAUGAAAUGAACAAACCUUCUGGAAAGAGGUUCUGUGGUCAGAUAAGACAAAGAUUGAACUAUUUGGCCACAAUGACCAGAGGUAUGUUUGAGGCAUAAAGGUGAGGCUUUCAAACCUAAGAGCUACGCACCAACUGUCAAGCAUGGUGCUGGUAGCAUCAUGUGCUGGGGUUGUUUUGCUGCUAGUUUUACCGGUCCAUUGCACAGUGGAUGGAAUAAUUAGGAAGGGGGACUACCUUCAAAUUCUUCAACAUCACCUCACAUUAACAGCUAAGCAGUUAAAACUUGGAUACAGUUGAGUGCUUCAAUAGAACAAUGAUCCAUACACACAUCAGAAUUGGCUUUUUGAAUGGACAAAGCAGGCUAACUGGAAGGCUUCUGGAAUGGCCUUUUGAAAACCUCGACUUUCAGCCCUGAAAAUCUGUCCACCAUGCUUAAAAGCUUGGUCCAUGCUAGGAAACCAGACAAUUUAAAUGAAAUUUUGCCAAGAAGAGUCAUCAAAUAUCCAGCUAGACUUUUGCUGAUGAACACCAAAAAUAUGUGGUCAAGGUAUGUCAGUGGCAAGACAUUUUUAAACAUUGAAAGAAUACAGAAACAGUCAGAGUUUUGUUCAGAGAACUACGUGCGCACGGGUGAGUGAUCGGGUGAUACUCACCCCGAGGCUUUGUAGUCAGCUUUAUUUAUACAUCGUAGCAUUCCCUGUUUUGUCAGGCUGUAACAGACAAUCUGGGCAUGUAUGGGACACAGUGUAUAUGUGUGUGUGUGUGUGUAGUUUCUAUCUCGAGGAAAACAGAAGCCAGUUGGGUCCUGUUUCCAAGGGUGUCUGCAAGAGACUUUCACAGGAGUCAGCGAAUACUGCGGGGCUCAUGUGUAUGUGUGUGAGAAGAAGCAAAGACAAAACAUAAAGAUAUGUGAA